GUAUAAAAGCUUCCCCACAUUAACAGUCUGAGUCGAGAACCAGCCGGACUCAAACCGACCCGUUCCGCUCUGUACUCGACCCGAAGAACACAACCGGACCAGAACCCAGGAGCUGCUGAGGGGAUUCACUCAGAACCAGGGAUUAACACUGUAGUUGAUUAAAGCUGUAGUUCAUUAAGGCUGUAGUUUAUAAGGGCUGUAGUUUAUUAAAGAUAUAGUUUAUUAACACUGUACUUUAUUAAAGCUUUAGUUUAUUAAGGCUGAAGUUUAUUAAAGAUAUAGUUUAUUAAGGCUGUAGUUUAUUAAAGCUGUAGUUUAUUGAAGCCGUAGUUUAUUAGGGCUGUAGUUUAUUAAAGCUGUAGUUUAUUAAAGCUGUAGUUUAUUAAAGCUGUAGUUUAUUGAAGCCGUAGUUUAUUAAGGCUGUAGUUUAUUAAGACUGUAGUUUAUUAGGGCUGUAGUUUAUUAAGGCUGUAGUUUAUUAAGGCUGUAGUUUAUUAAAGAUAUAGUUUAUUAUUAUUAUUAUUAUUAUUGUGGGGACGAUGGGCUUGGUGCAGCCCGGUCGGGAGGUCUUGUCUCUGGUUCUGGGUUUUCUGGGUUGGGUUCUGAUUGGCGUUACGCUGCCGAACAGGUACUGGAAAGUGUCGACGGUGGACGGGAACGUGAUCACCACCUCCACCAUCUACCAGAACCUGUGGAUGUCCUGCGCCUCCGACUCCACCGGCGUCCACAACUGCAGAGAGUUCCCCUCCUUGCUGGCGCUGUCCGGUUAUAUCCAGGCGUGUCGGGCGCUCAUGAUCACGGCGAUUGCGAUGGGAACGUUCGGGCUGGUUGCGACGUUGGUGGGCAUGCGAUGCUCCAGAGUCGGGGGGGAGAAUUACGUCCUGAAGGGAAGAAUCGCUGCAGUGGGAGGAGUUUUCUUCAUCCUGCAGGGUCUGUGCACCAUGGUCGCUGUUUCGUGGUAUGCCGCCAACAUCACCCGGGAGUUCUUUGAUCCGCUUUACCCCGGAACAAAGUAUGAGAUCGGGGAUGGGCUGUAUAUUGGCUGGAGUUCGGGUACGCUGGCUCUGAUUGGAGGAUGCUGUUUGCUGUGUUCCUGUAAUGUGAAGCAGGAGAAGCUUGAGUACCGGUUUCCUCCUCCUAGCAGAGGGGCGGGGUUUACUCACUCCGCCUCCUCCAGUCAGUACGGACGAAAUGCAUACGUCUAACAGAGUCACAUCGUAAUCAGCUCCGCCCACCUGUGUUGAUUAUGAUUUUUUAAUAAAACUGUUGCCAUGGAAACUGUGAACUGAGCUGAACUGUUCACUGGAUGGUGAGCAAGUGGGCGGAGCUAAAGAACCACAUUACUGAACCGAAGUUUCUGAUUGGAGGGAUGUGCCUGAGAAGCCUGGACCUUCUGAUCUACGAUACAUAAAUACGGUUCUGAAUAGAACUGGAGAAGAACACUGUGACCAGACGAGUUCCGUACAGAACCCGAGAGAACCCUAAAGACUGAAUCCCUUCACAGAGGGAAAAGUUGAUGAUAUUUGUGUUUUUUUAUAUAUAAAAUUUUAUAUAUUUUUAAUGGAUAGUAAAUGUUUAGAAACGUUAUGAUUCAGUGAGAAUAAUAUUAAAUAAUCAGUUCACUAAUAUUUUUUCAGAUGUUGUUGAUGAUUAUUGAUUGCUGAUGUAAUGGUGUUUAAUAAAGUGAUAAGAAAUAAGUUUCUGUACAUUAAAAUAUAUAUUUCACUGCUGUUAUAAUAAACUGUAUUUAUUCACCUUAA